AUGGCACUUGUUAAUGGAAAUGAGAACUCAGACUUGGAUGAGAUCUGCACAAAGCCAGCGCAGGUGCAAGCCAUAAUCGGCGAGACUCACUCUUCAGUAUCCAUGGCUAUUGCACAGAGUAUAGGACCUUUUAGCAUUCCCUUAUUUCUAGAAAAUCUUAAAAGAGUACAUUUUAAAACCAAAGAGGGUGAAGAAGUGUUUUUUGAUAAAAAUGGUGACCCUGCAGCCAAGUAUGAAAUAAUUAAUUGGCAAAUGAAUAAAGAGCUUAAAUAUGUUGGAUUUUAUGACUCAUCCAUAUUUGGUCAUGAUCGAUUAAUAGUAAAUAUGACCUCUAUUUUAUGGGCACAAAAUACCAACAAGAUGCCAAAAUCAGUCUGCAGUGAGAGCUGUCCUCCGGGCACAAGGAAAGCUGCACAGAAAGGAAAACCUAUCUGCUGCUUUGAUUGCAUACCAUGUGCUGAAGGAGAGAUCAGUAAUAUGACAGAUUCCGUUGAAUGUAAUCAAUGCUAUCAAGAAUACUGGUCAAAUUCUCAGAGAGAUCAAUGUAUCAAGAAGGAAACUGAAUAUUUGUCCUAUCAGGAAACUAUGGGAAUUUUGCUGACAUCUGUUUCUAUAUUUGGAGCCUUCAUGACAGCGGUAAUCGCAAUCAUAUUAUUUAGACAUAAAAAUACCCCCAUAGUCAAAGCUAACAACUCUGAGCUGAGCUUCCUGCUGCUCUUCUCUCUGACUCUGUGUUUCCUUUGUUCACUGACUUUUAUUGGUCAACCCUCUAGUUGGUCCUGUAUGCUGCAACAGACAGCAUUUGGGAUCACCUUCGUUCUUUGCAUCUCCUGUGUACUGGGGAAAACAAUAGUGGUGUUAAUGGCUUUCAGGGCUACACUUCCAGGCAGUAAUGUCAUGAAAUGGUUUGGGCCUCCACAGCAAAGGCUUAGUGUUAUUACUUUUACUCUUAUACAAGUCUUUAUUUGUGUGAUUUGGUUGACAGUAUCUCCUCCGUUCCCCUUUAAAAACCUAAAGAGCUACAAGGAAAAGAUAAUUUUAGAAUGUAAUGUGGGCUCACCUAUUGGUUUCUGGGCUGUGUUGGGCUAUAUAGGGUUUUUGGCUAUUUUAUGCUUUGUUUUGGCUUUCCUGGCACGAAAGUUACCUGAUAAUUUUAAUGAAGCCAAAUUUAUCACAUUUAGUAUGCUGAUGUUCUGUGCAGUGUGGAUCACUUUCAUUCCAGCUUAUGUCAGCUCUCCUGGAAAAUUCACUGUAGCUGUGGAGAUAUUUGCAAUUUUAGCAUCAAGCUUUGGCUUGCUAUUCUGUAUAUUCUUUCCAAAGUGUUACAUAAUAAUACUCAAACCUGAGAAGAAUACUAAAAAACAACUCAUGGGGAAAAUGUAA